UCUGGAGGACAUUUUGGCAGGAGCCUCCACUUUUUUUCUCCUUUUCGAGGCAAACACACACACAUUUGCACCUGUUUUUUUUUACUGAAACCCGAUGAGCUCCGUGGAAUGUUCUUCCUAGGGUUUUUCUCCCCAAUGUAAACAGAGAGCUAACCAGCACGCAGCCUCUUGCACACUUCUGUGUGCUGCACAUCGCUCAUCAUGAAGAACAUUAUGCAGCUCUUUGUUGCUCUUCUGCCCUGGCUGCUGCUUCUCUUCACGUCCAGCGGGUUUUGUCAGCAGGUUCACUGUCAAUGGGGGCCUUACGGUGACUGGUCAGAGUGUGAUGGCUGCACCAAAUUACAAACUAGAAGCAGAACCAUGAAUGUUUACGCUCAGUUCAACGGGAACCCUUGCGACGGACAACAGACUGAGACCAGGUCCUGCCAGACCACAAAAAGCUGCCCUCUGGAGGAAGGCUGUGGAAACAGGUUUCGCUGCCGCUCAGGGAAGUGUGUGAGCCUUUCCCUUAAGUGUAACGGGGAUCAGGACUGUGAGGAGGACGGACUCGAUGAAGCUGGCUGUAGCGAACAAAGUCACUUUGUAUGUGACAGGUCCGCUCCCCCGCCCAACAUUGAGCUACUAGGACUCGGGGUUGAUUUGGUGACAGGAAAGAAGAGGGGCACUGUCAUCAACACAAAGAGCUUUGGGGGUCAGUGUAACACCAUCUUCAGCGGCGUCAACCAAAGGACCUACCGACUGCCUGUUUCUACCAUCCAGUACAACUUCAUGGUGAAAGCUCAGAAUGACUUCAGCGAUGAGAUGUACCACAGUGAGUGGCACUACGCGCACGACAUCGUCAAGAGACAGAAGAUUUCCGGGACAACUACAGGAUAUCGCAACUAUGACUAUCACGAGAAACAUGACAAGACGCAGACACAAAAGCUCGUGAUUCUAAAGAACGAAAUUGAAAUAACUCAGUUCCAGAGUAACGCUCCUCGGUACAUCCCGAUAUCUGAGGAGUUCUGGAAGGCACUGUCCAAGCUCCCGUCCGUCUACGACUACGCUGCCUACAGGCAGGUGUUGGAGAGGUUUGGGACGCACUAUGUGUCAGAGGGAAGCCUCGGAGGCUCCUUCAACGUCAUCGCCAAGGUUGACGAGGAGACGGAAAAGCUCAUGAUCCGGGAACGUGAAGAGCAUCAGGAAUGUGAAAGGACUAAGCGUUGGAUUUUGUUUUUUCCAAUCACCCGCACCGUCUGCCGGAAGGAUCCCGCUCGUCCCAACAUAGACAAAGAUUUGGAUGAGUUUAGAAAGAACAACCCGUUUAAAGUGACUGUGGUAGGAGGAGGUACUUCACAAAUUGCAGCGCUGCAGAGACUGGAAGUCAGCACUGCUGACAAGAACUGGGAAACAUACGCCAACUGGGCUGAUUCUGUUGGCUCGUUCCCACAGAUUAUAAAACAGAAGUUCCGUCCUCUGUCGGAGCUGGUGAAGGAGGUGCAGUGCGCUGCGGUGAAGAGGCACUACCUUCGCAGAGCCAUAGAGCAGUAUGUGUCCGAGAGCGACCCCUGCCACUGCCGGCCCUGCAGCAACAACGGCUUGGCUGUCAUCAACGACUAUCGAUGUAAAUGCGUCUGCAAGCCCGGCACCGAAGGCCUGGCCUGUGAGCAGGGCGCUGAAAUCGAGGGGCAGCCAGGUGUGAUCCACGGUAGCUGGUCCUGUUGGUCCGCCUGGUCGUCGUGCUCCGGGGGUCGGAAGUCCCGAAGUCGCGCCUGCUCUAAUCCGUACCCUCAAAAUAGCGGCCAGCACUGCAUCGGGGAGAGCGCCGAGUCCUCUGAGUGUGAAGACGAUGACCUGAAGUACCUGAAAACCAUGGAGCCUCAGUGCUUCGACCAAACUCUCCCCGCCAGUGAGAAGUGUGAAACCCCACCUGCUCUAAUCAAUGGCUAUGUCCUGGACCCCAAGGACAUCUACCUCGUGGGUAAUAAGGUUCAGUACACCUGCAUUGAAGGGUUCCAUCUUUCUGGUCCCUCCACCAUAGAAUGCACUGGUGAUAAAGUCUGGUCUGCCAGUCUUGGCGUGUGCAAAGCCUCAAGGUGCAAAAUCCAGAGUCUUGGCGACGGCGUCAUAGCUUCGCCCCUAAAGCCGAGCUAUAACAUAGGGGAGUUCAUCACCUUGUCCUGUCCAGCGGGCAAACAGCUGCGUGGAGAGGCAAGAGUUACAUGCAACCCCAGUCUGGUUUUCUCACCAGACCCGACAACUGUCAGUUGCAACUCAGUGGUCCGACCAGAAGGAACCGUGUCUCCCCCUCUUCAGUGUAAAGUGUGGGAGAAGCUUGUUAAAGGAAAAUGCAUUUGCAAACUGCCCAGCGAGUGCCCGUCGUCUCUGGAGCUGUGCUCCUCUGUCCCCGGGACGACGCGAUCCUUCCUGGUGACCGUGUGCAAAAUGCAUGCGAUGCGCUGCGCAGGGCGGGACCCGGUCGUAGCGGAGGACGGCGCGUGCCAGUGGCCGGCGCGCAGCUCUGCGGGCUGCGCCGCCUGUCACAUGUGGGAGACCUGCGACGAUCAAACCCACGCGUGUCGCUGCAAGGACGCCGCCGAGUGCUCCGCCCCGGGACUGAACGUGUGCGUCCGCGUUGGACAGAACGUGACCGCGGAACAGCGGACGAUGGGCGAGUGUGAAGCAGGACGGCGGCGGUGCAACGGGGAGGCGGUGUCGGUGGUCAGCAUCUUCCCUUGCGCCACCUGAGCCUCCACAGAGUCUGACCUUUGACCCCUGCUCCUCCUGCAUUACUCCCAUUCAUUACUCCUAAUCCUUUACAAACGUAAACAGAUGUUUUAUGCAUGCGUGAAAGUAAAAUGAAUGAAUAAAUGUUUUUUACUAUUAUAAUCCAAACUGGUGUGUCUAACAGUUUGCAUAAAGUAGGUCUAAGAUUUGA